AUGGCACGCCUGUCGGGUCUUCAGCGCGAGAUCCUGUCUCUAUACCGCAAAUGUCUACGCGAAACACGAAAGAAGCCUGCUGAUGUGAGGUCAAACUUCCUUCGGUUUGCUCAGUCAGAGUUUCGUGAACAUCAGAAGCACGACAAGAAAGACUAUUCUGCCAUCGAGUACAUGCUUCGCAAAGGUCAACGCCAACUAGAGAUUUAUUCGUCUCCUGGUAUUCGAAACAUCAACUAG